ACCGACCUGUCGGUAUAAAACUGAAGCGCCAGGUUCUCUCAAAGCUCUACUAGAGGCAGGCGGUAGGCGCGUACCACUCCCGAGCUCAUCCAAUAAAGUGCAGGUCUAUAGGAGUCAAGAUGUCCAGAACUACCAGGUCCCCAAUGAUGAACCCUAUGGUCAACUCAGGAAGUUCCAUGGCUCCUUUCUUCAAGGUGACCGUGUUCGAGCAGGAGCACUUCCAAGGAAAGUGCGUGGAGUUCACCUCCGAGUGCUGCAACAUCCAAGAGUGCGGACUGGACAACAUCCGCUCCAUCAGGGUGGAGAGCGGAGCCUGGAUGGGUUUCGAGCACCACGAUUUCCAGGGCCAGCAGUUCAUCCUGGAGAGGGGAGAGUACCCCCACUGGGACGCUUACAGCGGCUCCCUCUCCUACCACGUGGAGCGUUUCAUGUCCUUGUGCCCCAUCUACUGCGCCUCCCACCAGAACAGCCGCAUGAUCAUUUUCGAGCAGGAGAACUUCAUGGGCCGCAGCGUGGAGGUCUGCGACGACUACCCCUCCCUGAAGGCCAUGGGCUGGAUGUUGCCGGAGGUCGGCUCCAUGCACGUGCAGUGCGGCGCCUUCGUGUGCUACCAGUACCCCGGCUACAGGGGUCAGCAGUACAUCAUGGAGUGUGAGAAACACAGCGGCGACUACAAGCACUGGAAGAGCUGGGGCUCCCACUGCCAGACCCCUCAGAUCCAGUCGAUCAGACGCAUCCAGCACUGAGAGGAGAACCGGGCUGAGACUCUGAGGCCAGAAUCAGCUCCCCCCCCCCCCAAACCUCUAACCUCCCCUCCCCUUCUCUCUCGUCCUUCCUCCCCUCACUUCUCUUCUUCCUCUUGACUUGAGCCGCCCCCCCCUCCUCCGCCACCUGACACCGCAACGAUCCGGAGCUGCUUGCCAGAGUGUGAUAAGAGACAAUAUCGCACUGUUAAAGCACAGGGAAUGACACACUUCACACACAGGCUGACAUUAAACGACGCUCAGAGUGUCUUUUUAUUUGGUUUAGAGGCUCCUACGCGCGUCAGGCGCACACCUGAGCUGUACUCUAAACCCGAGCUCAGCGGUGCAGGAGAGGAAAUCGAUCAGACGGGUGUAACACCUGGACAUCCAGGGGAGGGGAGAGGGAAACAAAUCCCCUCCGCUGAAUGAAGCAGAGGUGCAGCUCAGAUGUGCCGUUUGUGUGCAGGAGGCCGAUCCACAGGGUGAUUACUAAUAAAGUCAUUUUACUUCA